CCCUUCCUUUCCCAUCAUCUAAAUGUAUUUUGUCAGCAGAAGAAGCAGAACACCGGCAAAGGUGGUAAGAAGAAGAAGCAGGUCCUGAAGUUCACGCUGGACUGCACCCAUCCUGUGGAAGACGGCAUCAUGGACGCCGCCAACUUUGAGCAGUUCCUCCAGGAGCGCAUCAAGGUGAACGGGAAAGCCGGUAACCUGGGCAACGGUGUGGUCUCCAUCGAGAGGAGCAAGAGCAAGAUCACAGUGUCCUCCGAGGUGCCUUUCUCCAAAAGAUACCUGAAGUACCUGACGAAGAAGUACCUGAAGAAGAACAAUCUUCGGGACUGGCUGCGCGUCGUGGCCAACACCAAGGAGAGCUACGAGCUCCGCUACUUCCAGAUCAACCAGGAUGAAGAGGAGGAGGAAGACGAAGAUUAAAUCGACAAUUCAUCAGAUUUUGUACAUUUAAAUAAAUCUUGUUUACAGUACAGAA